GCAGACUAAAAAAGCAAUUAAUACUCAGCCUCUCCUUGCAUGUGAAAUGGAACAUAUGCUACAAACCCUACAGACAAUGCAGUGUAAGGCUGAUAACCUUGAUCUGGAGCUGAAGCGAAAGAAAGAUGGUUUAAAUAUUUUGAUGAUGGAAAGAAAUCAACUUAAUAAUCAAAUCAGUAUGGCUAAUGAGCAGUAUUUAAAAGAGAAACAGGGUUUGAUAGAUGAAAUCAGACAAUGGAAGAGAAAGAAAGCAGAGAAAGAUGAGCAAAUCUCGGCAAAACAAUUUGAGAUCUCAUAUGCUAAGCAGGAACUGGAAGAACAACAAAUGAAUCUGAAAAACAAAGAACAAACUAUCCUUAUGCUAAAAACAAAGGGGACGCAACAGUUGGAGCGGCAAAAGGCAAUGGAGUUGCAGCUUUCUGAAAAGAAAAGGGAAUUCUUGGAAAUGCAGUCUGCUGUACAUGAAAUGGAAGGAAAAAUCCUUAAGAAAACAGCAGCAAUGCAUGAUCAAAUUGCUCGUGAAUUACGGAAUGAGAUAUCUUUUCUGCACCAUCAAAUUCGUGAACGAGAGCUAUUGGCAGAACAGGACCAUCUCUUAAGAAGUAAAAUAGCGGGUGAUUAUGCAACUUUGACCAAGGAAAAUAAUCUCUUGCAAUCCAGGUUAAUGGAACUUGUCAAACAAACAAACAUUGAAAGCGUUCUCAAGGAAGAGAUGUAUACAACCCAUUCAGUGAGCAUUGCUCAAUUUCUGACAGUGAAAGAUCAGGAAGAGCAACUGCAACUUGAGAUUAAGACACACCAAGACCUUCUAGACCAAGAAAUUAGCACCUUCCAGGAACUUGAAGAUAAGAUUAGCAUGUUAGAAAAAAGAAGCACAACUGUUGAUUUAAAUAUUGCUACAUUGAAUAGCCGAAUAGCUGAAGUUAGAGCUAUGCUAGAAAAAGAAGAACAAGACAACAUAGAACUAAAAAGAGAGAAUUCUCUGCUAAUUGAUUUUGCAUCUAAUCUAAAAAAACAGCUUGCUGGAAAAGAAAACAGUUUACUGGAGGCAUCAAAUAAGAUGCUAGGCCUGGAUGAAGCAAUUUCAGCUUUAAAAAUGAAGCAUACAUUACAUCAAUCUCUUCAAUCAGAAAAAUGGGACAAAAUCUCCAAAAUGGCAAAUUCCAUGAUGAAACUCAGCAAUUCAAUGGUAAAUAUUAUUGACAGAAUAGGAAAAGAAUAAUUGAGAUGUAUUAAUGACCUUUGAUUUCAUAUGAGAAAUGUUGAAUUAUGUAUGAUUUCAUAAAACCUUCUUAACCAUGUCAAUUUCAUCAUGUUAAAUAUUAUUUGAAUCAUGACUGUACAUAGAAGGAAGAUGCAGUGGUAUAUGGGAAUGACUUUGGGAUAUAGGAGGUUAUAUUGUACUGUAUGUAUAUAUCAGAGGUGGGUUCCUACCAGUUCGCACCUAUUCGGUAGAACCG